AUGGCCUGGGAAAACUUGGAGCUGCUAUCAAGCAUUCGUUGCUACUGCCAUUAUCCUCGGCAAUGGUCGCGACUUCGCUUGCCGAUAGACAACGUCAAGAUCAGGAUGGUGAUCGGCCCUUGGCCUUCGGUGGUGACCUUUCUCCGUGUGUUCCAUGGCGCUGUGACAGACUUGGAUGAGGUUUUCCUCCCUAGCUACUACCAUUUCUGGCCAAGAUUGGACUUCUGGCCCAACACUGCGCUGGUGCUCGUCUGGGAUGAGGAGUCCGAGGAGGAUCGAAAGGCGGCCAGACGAUUGCACGAAAAGUGGGACGCCAUCUUCGCAAACAAGGAGCGGCUGGCAAGCGGAGUCAACCCGAGGAGACACGGCACGAGUUGGGUGGACCUGUUCGAAAGAAAGCCACCCUCCAACGUGGUCUGUGAUGUGAAGAAGCAAGGGGGCCGAGACCGGGUGUCAAACCACGGCUACAUCCGGCAGGCGUCCGCCUUCUAUGAGGCCGACCAGACUCUUCUGAGGAAUUCGGCCCUGUUGGAGACUUCGGAUCUUCAGCUCAGUCAGGAGGAGCUCUACAUCUUACUCUGCGACUCUGAUAUGGCCUUUGUCGCCCCGGCACAUCCGUUGGCUCUCUUUGACCGUACGAACAUGACGGGCCCUUCGAAGUUCCGCCCUCGCUUGCUUGGUGUCUGGGGCCGCUCCGCAGAGGGGGGAAUCUCACGAGAGACCAACUUUCAGAGCACGCCCUCGGUUGCAACAUUUAUGGAUCAGCAGCCCUGGACGAUUCGCUUUCAGGAUUUCCCAUCUGUCCGCGAGCGCAUCAGGCAGGCGGUCUUCAGCAAUCUGCAUCGUUUCUUCAUUGCAGAUCUCCGGAAGGGUUGGCCGGAGGAGAAGUCAUACCACGAGGUUCCGAUCGCAUUGGUGCGUUGGACAGGGCGUGAUGGGGCACAGAGAACGGAGCUUGUGAGGUUCUACUCCCACAAGCCUGCACGGCCCUUGCGGGCUUUCUACAGGCAGCCGGACAUACACACCCGGGAACUACCUUUUGCAGAGAUGCAGAUUGCAUGGUUCGAGAUGACCAACGUAUCACAAAGCGCAGAGCGGAUAGAGCCCAAGAGCUUUGUGGACUUCAGUUUUUCAACCGCAAUGGGAGUGGUCUGGAGAUGUGCGCAUGCAGCCCAAGCAUACUCGCUCCACGAUCGCAGUGCAUCCAAUGCGAAUGUCCUGCUGAAUAAUCUGUUCUGGAUGCCGCAGAAGAAGAGCUACACCUGGCAUUUUCGCAAGCUCACGGUCCUUCCCGAUCCCGUUUUGCAAGCAGAGUUCCGUCGCUACCAGUCAACAUCCAUCCUCGAUUCCAGGCUCGAGAAGUGGUACAAAGAGGAGGCUGCGGCGCGUUUCGAGGAGUCCACCGCCUUGGCUUUCGUGCAGAGUUUGCCCCUGAGCCGUUUUCACUUGGCCGUGCUUGGCUCUCAUGACCUCUCCAGGCCGGCCAAGGCCAGACGAGCAGCCCGGGCCCUCGACCCCUUGGGAAGAAGCUGCAAAGAUCACCCCCACGGCCACAAGAUCUUGGUGCAUUGGAAUGCGGUGAAGACGGCACGAAAAGAGGCGCAAGACAGCAGAAGUGAGCCGGGCGAAGGCGAGGUUUUCAUGCCUCACAGCCGUUUCGCCCUUCUCCAGAUCUGCCUCUAUGACGCCAUGUGGAAUGGCGCCUGGGGCCAGGUGGCGCUGGACAACACAAGCGGAUCCGAGCCUCCCUUCGGAAGGCUUGCGGAGCUCUGCUGCGCACACUUCGCCAGCAGGUGGUGCAAGACGCCCAGGCCCUGCCCGCAAGUGCGGAAGAUCCAAACCUUCCCGCAAACCCCGUGGGGUGCGAGAUGUCCAGCCACGAGCUCCUCCACAGACAGAGCAGAAAUUGCAGAUUGGGAAUGCCCAGCACCAGAGAUCUUUCAGGAAGACAGCUUCUGGCGGGUUGCUAUGAUCCUGAACCAGCACUUGCUCAGAAAUCCCUUUUGGGGCCAACCCUGCGAAGUCCAAGUGCGAGAGAAUUCCGAGCUCCUCCGGGACCGGCUCUACCUGUCCACGCAGAAUUCAUCCCUUCUGGGGGCCAGCAUCCCCCCUGACCGAGCGGCACGUAUCUCGUUGAGGGCGCGUCUCCUGAAGAUUGACCGCAGCAACGCGUUCGGACUGGAGGGUGACUGCGCGGCUGCCUGGGUCUAUGCCUCUGACGUGCCAGAUCGCACGUCCGGAAGCAAGAUUCUGCGCUGCGUUGCGAUCUCGGACACGCACAUGCUUCACGACAGGCUCCGGCUUCCAGCUGGUGAUGUGCUCAUCCACUGUGGUGACUUCAGCAACGAGGGAACCGAAGAGGAGUGUGCCGAUUUCUGUCGGUGGGCUUCGCACCAGCCCUUCCGACACAAGCUCUUGGUUUGUGGGAAUCACGAUCUGACCUGCGAUGAAAGCUGGUACCAAGAACACUGGCAGGCGUGGCACGAAAGCUUUCAGUCGCCAGCGAGGGUAGCAGCCAUGCUGGAAGAGGCAGGAAUCACGGUCAUGGCAGGAUCCGGGCGCGCCCUUCGAAUCGCCGGCGUCUGCUUCUAUGGCAGCCCCCGGCAGCCGCGACAGCCCAAGGGUCGGCGACCGAUGGCAUUUGGCUUGAGGCGUGGCGCUGAAUUGAAGGAGGAGUGGGCCAAAAUCCCGACUGGCAUUGACGUGCUCCUCACACACACCCCACCCGCAAACAUUUUGGACAUCGCGGACCAUACUGGGCGACAAGGUCAGUCUAUCGGCUGUGAAGAGUUGGCCAAGGCAGUCAGCCAAAGGACAGAUGUCGCUGUGCACGUCUUCGGCCACGUGCAUGGCAGCUACGGCAUCCAUCGCUCAAAGAAGACAUGCUUCAUCAAUGCAGCCUCAGCUGCAGCACGCCGCGGCGAGGGCGGGUUGCUCCAUGCGCCCAUCGUUUUCGACAUCACCAAACAGCUCUGA